AUGCGUAUCAAUAUCAAAUAAAAUCAAGACCAUCUACGACGCCCUUAUGGCAGUCUGCACUGAACUUUGUGCGAGAAUAAUGCAUUGUGUUGCAUUGUAUCAAAUAAGAUAGAUCUUAGGCAGACUGCCGAGUUGUAGACUCGCUUCAUCAGAAUACAAGACAAACUAACAAGUUUCAGCUCACUCAGAUCAACAAGAUGGUCGUCGUUGAAAGUGAGAAAACGGCUGCCCCAACCCUCUGCGAAAUGCAGGACGGCGAGGGCGUGAAGCGUCGCCGGGUGGAAGAGGAUAAGACGAGCAAUAUUAUGAAGGAACUGGUGGAACAAGAAUUGUCUUCAUUGUGCUUGUGUACAUAUGAAGCUGUGCUGUAUGGUAUAUUAUGAAGCUGUGCUGAUAUUGUUAGUCGUAAUUAUAGAUGCAGUAAUAUCAUGCAUGAUGUUGAUGAUAGUAGAUAUCAUGCAUAGUAGAUAUUACUAUGCAUGAUAGCUCUAGGACGAUCAUCUUCCUCCUGUCGCUGUCUUUGUCGUGUUGACUAUUUUGCGCUGUAGUUGAAGUAAAUAGAAACUACUUAGAUAAAAUUUAAAUUAUUGAAUCUUCUAUUGUACUCCUGGAGUCAGUGGGUUCACUCUCUCACUCGCUCACUCAGUUCUUCUACUGCGGUCUUCAGGAUGGUCACCUUCUUACUCUUCUACACUCUUGUUCUAAUACAACAAUGUGAAAGAUGGACCAUUGACUUUGAUGAAACUUUAAUGACCUUGCGUUCUUCGUUACAUAUUUAAAAAGCAUCACUUGAAGUGCAAACAAAAGAAGGCAGAAGUGAUGAAAUGAAAGAAAGCAGUAAAGAAAAGACAAGCACUAAGAAUAUGCAACCCCAUCUUCUACACUCUUAUUCUAAUACAACCACCAAGUUGAGUGAGGUUUUUCAAGGAUAUGCAGUGGACAACCUGUACCAUUUUGGUCUGGACAGCACCGACCCAAUGUUAAAGGAGAAAUUUGGUAAGAUCGAGCUCGUCUGUAUGAUGUUAUGGCGAUGGGCUUUGUAGGUUAACAGUUUCUACUAGGUUCUUUACUAAUAACUAGGCGUAGUCAUCUGUCAUGCUCAUGCAUAGACUCGAAGUGGGUUUUUGGUAUACUUACUAAGUCGCUUGCAUGAAUGGUUUUUGUAGGUUUACUACUCGAAGUGCUAUAUACGACGCAGUCUGUGUUUAUGUAGAGAUGUCUAGAAGUUGUUGGCCUAGGUGGUCUGUAUGAUGCCAAUUAGGCUAGGACACAAGGUUUUUGAUUUUACAAGAGUCUCAAUGACCCUAAACAUGAUAAGCUCUAAACUCUACGAAUUAUACUGAUCUGUAUCAUUUGCGAUGUUAUCGUUUUUACUGUCUCUACGAUGUUAUCGCUAGUACGAAGCAUUUGGUUAUGACUCGACGUCGCUAAUUUUCGGCUCCGAGGGCCGUGCUGAGGCUUUGGCGCAGAUGCUGGCUGAAGGAGGUGCGGCUGAAAAGGGGGCAAAAGUCGAAAAUCUUUCCAAAUCGGAUCGCUGCGCUCUAUUUUUAUGAGAAGUGGACUACAAAAAUAAGUAAGUUGUUCACUCCUUGAUGAUCAGGAUAACCCGACCAUUGUGGUCAAGUUAUGAAGUAUACUAAGAAAGUGAAAGCAGAGGACCGCCACCACUCGGGAGUGAUCGAGAUGAGUGAGGAGAGAUAUAGAUGAAGAGCAGGUUUCUGAUUCUGAAAUCUUCUAAGAAACGCAGUAGGAAAAAUUGCAGUGGCCACCCAUGGCAUGGGGAAUCCAUCGCUGCUUAUUUUCUUGCACGAAAUCACCAAGCUUUUCCACCAUGCUGGAGCCGAUUUCAAGAAAUUGCGGUAAAAUUGGGUUGGAGGUUUUCGUUUUUUAUAGAACAAUAGCUAGGAUUAGUUGUUAGAAGAAGAUGAUGUCCAUCUUCGUGUUCGUCAUCUGGUCACUUCUUCGUGUUGGACGUACUUAGCUACUCUUCUUUCUCCCCAUGAUCCCCAAAUACACCCAGUUUCCUCACUGUAUUACCAUUUCUAGGAGUCCAUCUUCUCCCAUACGAGUCUGUUCCCUCCUUUGUGGGGGAAUGAAUGAAUUCUACCCAUGUUGUUCCUGCAACCCAAGACCCACUAUAUCCAGUUUCCUUCGUGUUGGCACAGCUGGUGGAAUAGGGGUUCCUGCAGGAACCGUUUGCGUUGCUGAUAGUGCUAUGGACGCUGGCUGUUCUUGGGGAAUGGAGUACGCAAUUCUUGGCGAAAAAAGACGCUUUUAUGUUGAACAAGAGUCAUCUACUGUACAGAGAAGGAGUAGUGCUGUGCUUCUGAUGAUGAUAUGCAAGAGCAAGAUCAUCUGAUGAUGAUGAAUAUUGUUCAAGCUAUAGUAGACUAGUGUUCUUCUGAUGAUGAUGAAUAUUGUUCAAGCUAUACUAGUGUUCUAAGGUAGUAGCUCUCUUAGAUCGCACUUACUCGGGUAUUUCUUCAGUUUAUCGAAUCCUAGUAUUUCUAAGUAUAAGUUACCACGUUUACUAGUAGUUCUAGCGUAAACGCACUCACUCAGUUAUAGAAGUGGUGAACAGAGGACUAAUGCGUCAACAAAAAUUGCGCAGCAUCACAAAGGCAAACCCUAUCAUGAAUAUUUGAAAAUCUGGUGCAUUCCACCAACAUCUUUUCAUCUACAAUGCAUGUUGGCCCUUCCUGUUCCUCCAUCUAUAUCUUGAUCUCCUACCACCUUUUCAUCUCGUCCUCUUCCUUCUACUUUCUCUAAGCCUCUCCAGCAGUGAGCGACGAAGGGAUGCGAGAGGAGCUGGGUGAGUGCCCCGUGGCUCCUAGCAAGAUUGGUCACGUGAUGACCACUGACGAUUAUUACGAUUAAGGCCUCACAGUGAGACUGGAGCCCACUUUGUGGAGUCAACUUUGUCGGGUUGCGCGUUAGGUUUUGUUCUACAAGGGUCGACUGUGCGGCUCUUCCGAUAGUUGUACUAGACUUUUCGGCCGAAUGUGCGGCCCUAUGCUCCACCAGUAUGUAAAUUGUUUAAUUAAUUAGGUAAAAGACAUGUUUAAGUGAUUAAAAGGGCGGCGGCAUAUAGUCCUAACUCAAAAAAAAAAGUCAACGCAGAUAUUUGGGCGAGCACUGAAUGAAUGGAGUGAGAUUAUGAUUGGUGAGAUGGGUCGCGUGACGAGCAACCCAUCCCGGGCAGCAUCGUGGUCGUCCCGUUCUUUCUAAAGGGAAGUAAAUGGCCACCAGGAAGGAUGCUUCACAUCAAGACGGGCAGUUUCUCGUAGCUCUAAUGUGAAGGUCAAGGUCGCGUGGAUGGUGCAUUGGCUACGGCCUAUGGGGAACCGGAGCAGCAGAAGUUCUUACAAAAUUAGGAAGUAGAACAACAACAACAGGAAUAGGAACAGGAAUCUGUAGGUACAACACUACUUUCUUUGCAGUUUGCACGGCUGCUAAGGGUGCCGUAAAUCUUCUAACCCCAAUUGGAGCAACAGGGUGUCGUCGCAAUGGAGAUGGAGGCCAACGGCUUUUUGAGCUUCUUUCAGCGUAUGCAACUGCCAGCCGCAGUCAUUGCAGUGGCGCUUUUGUUAUGACGAGCUUUGGUUUUGUAUCUUGUAAGUCUACAGCUACGUAUGAUCGGGACACAUCAAGGUGGUCGCUUAAUACUUCUAUUAUUUUCAUUGUGCAUUUGUCGUCCUCUAUUAUUUUCAUUGUGCAUUUGUCUACGUGAAGACCCUGUGACUCAACAUUGUCGUACAUUUAUUGUUUGCUGCAUGAUCAAGAUGCCCCCGUGGUGCACACUCUUACACUUUCGCAGAAGGAACAGCUAUUUAGCAGAACAAAGCUAGCAGCAGUAGCACCACUUCAAACAGGUUCAUGAAGUAGAGUCAAAAGGUUACAAAGUUCAACUUAUACCUACCCGCUAAUGGGUACUAAUCGGUUGACUUACUAAGUGUAACUUACGCUUACCCCGCUUCAACGUAUUAAGUUCUUGAGAUUAGGCUAAAAACGCUAGAAACUACCUCCUAAAAGCUCAAGAAGAAUCAAAAGCUACUUCUUGCUAGGCAAUAAAAACCUACCGCUAAAAAUCUGAACGCCAAAUCCUAACCGCUGAAAAUUGAUCUACAACUAAGUUCUUGAAAAUUGAUCUACUAAGGCUCAGAAGAACGCUAGUCUUAGUCUUAGAUCUGAAAUUAGUCUAAAAACGCUAAUCUCAGAUCGGUUGAAGGGUGACCAACAUGCGGAAAGCCGCGACAAGAUCCAUGAGUACAGUCUCCGUCCGCUGACUGUAGCCGUGUGGUACGCGAGGGAGAAAAUGGGUCUAUUUUCGUAA